CCCAUUUGAUUUUUGUCUUAAUUUCUCCAACUUCCUCAUAUGCCUUUUUUUAAUUUCAUCUUCCAAGUUAAUUGGCCAUAAAUUGAAGUAGAAAAAAUAUUAUAUUAAAUUUAAAAGUAAAGUUAGGUCCUUCCUUUUGUAUUUUUCUGUGCUCUGCUAGUAAAGUAAUGGAGGGAAAAAUUGAGGCAGCAGAAAAUGAGCUACACAAUAAUAAUGGGCUAAUAAAAUUGCAGCAACAAGGAAAAGAGAUCCAAUCAAUACAUUGCGAUGACGCCACAAUCAAUGAAGAAGAGAUGAACAAGAUUUCUCUUCUGAGAGCUGUAGUUGAGAAACAAGAUCCGUCUUCUAAGGAAGUUGAUGAUUUUGCGAUAAGAAGGUUUCUUCGAGCAAGGGAUCUGGAUGUGGAAAAAGCUUCAACAAUGUUGUUGAAAUACCUAAAAUGGAAGAAAAGUUUUGUGCCAAAUGGGUACAUUUCACCUACUGAGAUUCCAAAUGAGAUAGCACACAACAAAAUGUUCUUACAAGGUGUGGACAAAUUAGGACGCCCCAUUGCUGUCGUUUUUGGUGGCAGACAUAUGCCGAAUAAACAAGGAGGUCUUGAAGAGUUCAAACGAUUUGUUGUCUUGGCUUUAGACAAACUCUGUUCAAGAACUUCACCAGGAAGGGAAAAGUUUGUGGUAAUUGGGGAUUUACAAGGUUUUGGCUAUUCCAACAGUGAUGUUCGUGCAUAUCUUGGCGCUCUAUCCAUUUUACAGGACUGCUACCCUGAAAGACUCGGAAAACUGAUUGUGGUUCAUGUUCCUUACAUAUUCUGGACAAUGUGGAAGCUUGUGUACCCUUUUAUUGAUAACAACACCAAGAAGAAGAUUACAUUUGUGGAAAACAAACGACUCACGGAAACUCUACUUCAAGACAUUGAUGAAAGCCAGCUACCAGAUAUUUAUGGAGGCAAAAUGCCAUUAGUUCCUAUUCAUGAAGCCUAAGCAAGUAGUUACAUAUCAUUAUUAUUCAGAGCUGGUUUACGAGUUGUUUCAGGUAAUGCACUCGAUAAGAAGACAACGUUUGUACUAUGAUUUUACAUUCGUAAGCAUCUAGCUUUUAUAUAGAAAAGAAUUGAAAUAUUCAAA